AUGCUCGUAUUCACCCUCUUCUUCCAGGCUCUCCUCGCUACGAGCGCGUUCGCGUUGCCCUCUUUCAAGGAGCGCCGCGAGGCCCGCGUUGCUCGCCGUGCCGGCAGCCUGCGCUCGUCGCACCCCAAGAUCACUAACGAGACCCAUCCUGAGUACAGCCCUAACUGGGCCGGCGCCAUCUUGAAUGCGGAUGCAGGAACAUACAAGAGCGUCACCGCUACUUUCACGGUUCCGACACCGCAGGAACCCUCAGGCUCUUCUGGCACGCACUCUGCGGCUGCCUGGGUCGGCAUAGACGGCGAUACUUGCCAGAGCGCCAUCCUGCAAACUGGCGUUGACUUCACCGUUGACGGCACCCAAGUGUCCUACCAGGCCUGGUACGAGUGGUUCCCAGAGGCUGCAUAUAACUUCACGGACAUCAACUUCAGCCCCGGCGACAGCGUCACGUUGACCGUUACCGCAUCGAGCACGACGUCGGGCACGGUCGUCAUCACGAACAACAGCAAGGAUCAGUCCGUUCAACGGGCUCUCACGUCGGACUCUGCGCUCUGCCAGCAGGAUGCCGAGUGGAUCAUCGAGGACUUCGAGGAAAACGGCUCGCAGGUGCCCUUUGCCAACUUCGGCACCGUUACCUUCACCGACGCGUCCGCCGGCACAAGCACGGGCUCGGUUGGCCCCUCAGGCGCGUUCCUCACGGACAUCUAUCAGGAUGACCAGCUCGUAACUUCCGCCUCAGUCUCUGAGUCGAGCGUUACUGUCUCUUACGUGUGAAAUGGCGCCAUUUGCGAAGUCCUGUACGGCACGGG